CGCCCGACGCCGCACGAAGGCACCGCCGCGCUCUCCCUGCGUCCAUGUUGUCCGUCGGAGGGAGAAGACUGCAGACAAAGCCCGGAUCUCCAGGGAAGGUGCUCCGGGCCCACGACACCGACGGACCACAGCCAGAAGAGGCGCUAGGGCCGGAGGGUGGCGGCCAGCAAAGCAGAACCUCAGGCGGGUUCCCACACGCCCGCGGAGACCCAGCGACUUUUCCGAAGCCUCGAGGUUCGGGCUCGCCACAGCCUGCCCAGCCCUUCCCCACCUCGGGGCGCAAAGAAGGAGCGCCCGGCGCCGGGCUCCGCUCAGGCGCAGGCGGACAGGUCAGGGCGCGAGCCCGGCGCCCGCCCGCGUAUUCGUCCUCGCCCGCCCGGGGCGCCGCGUCCCCGCUGCCCGCACUUACCAGGAGAAGCAGCGCGGCGCCCUCCGCACUCCGCGCCAUCGCGCCCCCGCCUCCGCCGCGCCCUCGCCUCCGGCCGCUCGCCCGGCUCUCACCGCCGCUCCCCCGCGUCCCCGCCGGCGCGCCCCCGGCCCCGCCCCGAAGCUCCCGCCCCGAGGGCCGCUCUCCGCGGCCGCCGCGCCGCCCUACCCAGGGGCGCGGUGCCAGGUGCGGCCGCCGCGAGGAAAAUGGAACCGUGAGCCCGCCCGAGCUGCUGGCGCCCGAGGUGGACCUCUCUUAAUGUUUACUGAAACAAUAACUAAGUGAUGUCAUACAUUUUGGGAAAGUCACACCCAUUUCAUGUAGACUCAGCUACAAUAGAGUUCACCUCUCACUCAGCACCCUGACUGCUACCUGUAAAAGGAUCAUGGCUUCCAGCGUGCUUGGACCAGAAGCAAAUCUGCCUGGCAAGGCCUACAAGGAACUGCCUGAUUGACUCUGCUUUCCUUUCCAACCAUAUCCCACACUCCAUCCCUCUCAUAUGUGUCUUCUUUUGUUCUCUAGAAACCCUCAGCUCCUUUCCUACCUUAGGUUCACUCGGUUUCUUUCUCUCCUGGCUAGCUUCUUCUCACUCAUCAGGUGGUAGCUUCUACUACCUUCUCCCCACAGUUGGGCACUCUUUUCCUCAUAUCUCUUUAUCAGUCAUCCCAAUUUGCUUUGCCUAUCAGGCCUAGUACCAUGUAUCAGCUGCUUUUUCUUAGUUGGAUUUCUUAGACUGUGAGUUCUAUCAGGGAGAAAUUAUGUCUGUUUCAUUUAAUAGCAUAUUCCUAGGACUUUGCAGAGUGAACAAAUGAAUAUAUCUUUAAGAAUUUUGUACAGAUAUUACCUGCUGGAACAAAGGGCACAUACAGUUAAAAGUCUUAAUAGAUUGUCAUCCAAAAGGCUAUACCAAUUUUCAUUCCCAUGGAUAGUGUAAGAAAAUGCCAGUCAUAAUGCUUGUCACAGAUAAAUCUUUUCUGCUUUUUUUAUGAGAAAAUAGUACCUUUAUGGAAAAAAAAAAUUAACUCUGUUAAGAGAUUUAAAUGUUGUGGGGACACCUAGGUGGCUCAGUCGGUGAAGGGCCUGCUUUGGCUCAGGUGUUGUGAUCGAGUCCCGCAUCGACUCCUUGCAUGUCAGGGAGCCUGCUUCUCCCUCUGCCUGCUGUUCCCCUUACUUGUGCUCUCUCUCUAAAAUAAAUAAAUAAAAUCUUUUUAAAGAGAGAGAUUUAAAUGUGUAUUUAAAUGCUAAUAAUUUACUGGAUUCUAAUAAAUUGAAAUAAAGUUAAGAUUCCGAGUAUAGUAAUCUAAGGUAUUUGACUCAGAGCUAAGCAAGUUCUGGACCUUGGUUAGAUCCCAAGGACCUGGCAUCCUUCCUGGAUCUAACAUCAUCCUGGUCUUUUCACCAUUUCAGGUGAUAUGAUGAUGGGAUAGGAAAAGAUAGGAGAAAACAAACAUGCAGUCAAAUAGUAAUUUGCUAUACUCUGUUGCUAUGAUUACGGUCCCUUUAUUUAUACAUUUUAAUCUUCCUUUUGAUGAUAAAUAGUACAUUUCACAUAUGUUCUCAAGUAUUUUUAAGUAUCACGGGAGUAUUACUGUUUUUCUAGUAAUCAAAUUGUGCUGGUCUUAUUGGUAAAUCCUAAGGAGGAAAAAAAUGGUGGUUGUUUUCAUUUAAAUUUCAACCCACGACGCCACCCGUGGGAAGAAAUACGUGGAAUGACCCACCAGCUUCUCAAACCACGUGGCACACCCGGGGUGUGACUGCCAGUGGAUAUGGAUACACUGCCUUCCUGCUCCCAGCUUUGCUGCCAACACCAAACUGUAGAAAGAUGGAAUCUGAAAACGGCAUGGAACACUUUAAAAAAAUGAUCUCCAAGGAUUUCAGGAAAGACUGCAGUUGAGAACUACUAGCUCUUGGGUGGUAAGGAAAGGGGAUGCUUCUAAAAACGAGCAACUGAGGCACCUGGGUGGCUCAGUGGAUUAAGCAGCUGCCUUCGGCUCAGGUCAUGAUCUCAGUGUCCUCGGAUUGAGCCCCGCCUCGGGCUCUCUGCUCAGCAGGGAGCCUACUCCCCCCCCCCCCCACCGUCUCUGCUUGCCUCUCUGCCUACUUGUGAUCUCUCU